UAUGCGUGUAGCAGUGGUGGUGUAAGGGUGUCGACGGUCUCGCUGCCGUCAUGCCCGUCUGUGCUUAAGAGAGAGAGAGAAUCUUGGAGGUUUUCUAGCAAGAUACAAUGGAUUACUCGGUGCGUGAGGCGUGGCGCAGGACUAUGCCGCUCUGUGUCAUCUGGGUGUUGGUGCUGCACGUCUUGGGAGACAUUGUCGUUGCUAGGGGAGAAUUUGUACACAAAAACUUCACUGAAAGCGUCGUGGACACGAGUGCGACGCCCGCCCUGAGGGGAGUCGACGCCAGCGAUGACGCCACUGAAGGUGGCGAGGUGCGGUGCCACUGUAACCUGCCGAGGUGUGUCACUAUGGGCUACAUGUGCAAGAGCCUCCUGGGCGCCUGCUUCACGAGGAACACGCCCACACCCACUCACGCCUACACUCAGGCCCGUAAGGUCUACCACCGCUGGGCACCCAUGCACGGCUGUGUCGAGUUCCUACCCAUGGGUCGACAUGUGGAGUGCGCCAGGAAGGGAGGAAUAAAGAGUGUGGAGUCGCCUGGUUCUCCUACCCCCAGCACCGCUCCCCAGCCGGACCCCGACCUCACCUGCUGCAGCCAGGACAUGUGCAACUACCGCGAUAUUGACGUUUACAUCCAGGUGGAUGGCAACUACGACAGCCAGACAGAUAUGAAGAGACGGGACUCUGAGAUGAUGGAGACACUAUGGUUCAGAGCUGCAACUAUAGCAGUUCCCAUAGCAGGAGGCUUUAUCCUGAUUGUUUUAGUUCUCCUUGCUAGUAGAAUGCUGGCUAAAGAAAAUAAAAGACAAAGAAUGGCACAGGUUAUAGGAGAGCGUUAUCUGAAAGACCCCUUAUAUCCUGGGGGUGCUUCAGAGCCCAUUCCUCAUCAUCCAAUAUAUUACCAUUCAUCUAUAACCAAGAAUUCUUCCAUGGCUCACAUGAACUUCAGAGCCUCUUAUGAUGAGAAACCACCAAAUUAUAGAUCUCCAGAGACAGCUAUUUGUAAUUUAGAAGAAAUUAAGCCAUUAAAUACUGUUGCAAGCCAAGAAGAACCUUGGGAUCAGAGGGAUGCAGAGUCUCCGCUACCUUCAUGAAGACUAUGUUAAAAGAAUGUACCUUGCAACCACCAAAGAAAUCAUUUUUUUGGGGCUGCAAGUUUAUGAAUACUGUAUAGUAGUGGAUACUUCACAAGAGUAGAUGGUUAUGCUUUGGAAAAAAUGCUUGUGAGAGUACUGAAAUGAAAGGUACUGUACUGUACAAUACAAGCAGAUUUUGCACUUAUGAACUCGGUUGUUUAUCAAGAUUCACUUCAGCUGCACAUCAUAUUUCCUCGGCUAUAUUCCUGAUAAAUGCUGCUUUGUUCAAAGUGGAAUGCAGCCUUUAAUCUGGAAUUUACCUGUUCAUAUUUAAAUAUUCUUUGUGUACUAUAAACAGAAAUAUAAAUUAACAGAAAAUGUGAAAGAGUCAUUAAUAAUCAGUUGUUUUUGGAAGUCAGUAUAUGUAUUAGCAUGUCUACAUACAUAUCAGCAGAGAACUUCCUCAGAGUUUUAUAUGAAAGACAAGUAAUUUUGUAUGAGCUUAGGUUCAUGAGUGCUAGUGAAAAAAAUACAUCAUUCUGUGAUUUGUUGCUCAAAGGGGAUUAAAAGGACAAUAUUUUAGAAAUUAAGAUAGAGCCAAGUAGCGUUUGGUUCAUUAUACUAUACACAAUACAGUACAUCUCGAUUAACUGGCAAAUGGUGAUCUUGUCAGUGUUCACUUUGACAUACCAGACAAUUUAACGUUAUUUUAAUACUGUGAUUUCUACCCCAUUAAAGCAAAAAAGCUUUCGAUUGUUGAGUCAUUUGUGUAUAUGCUACUGUACUUCUGUAUCCUUGGUGCUCUCUUAUGACCUGUAAUGUUUAGUCAUUUAUAAUCAAAGUAAUACCAUAUUAGGCCAGAGUGUUGGUGCAAUACCCACAUGUGUAGUGAUGUUAACAUAAAUUUAAGAAACCGAUUAUGUUCAGAUGUAAAAUAAAGAGGAAUACUUGAUGUUGAUGAAUAUAGCGGAUCAUCAUGCCUUACUUUUCACAAGUGAAUCAACCGCUGUAUAACCACUGCACUCUUAUGUAAUGUGAAGGAUGUGUGGACUGUACAAAAAUUUACAUAAUUCCAUUGAAUCAUAUGCUAUUUGCUGUUUUAAGCAGUAUUAUUUUCAAUCCUAGAUGUGCUUUUUAAAUGUCAGAAAUUAAGUGCUUUGACUGUAAUAAUUUGAAUAAUUUUUACCAUACAACCAAAUUUAUUUUUGCUUUGCUGUGAAUACAUAAAACAGUAGAAUUGUACUUAUUUUCUGGCUAUUACAUGUAUAUAUUAUAAAGGCAUAAAGCCACAUCUAGGAAUACCCACAAAUUAACUGGAAUCAUAGUCUGUGAUAUCUAUUAUUUGCUUUUUGCCAUUAUCUUUUAUGGUAUUCAAAUGGUGCUUUGGAUGAGAAGCUUUGAUGUCUCAAUGCCUUCCAGAAAAUCUCAGGAUUUCUGUUAAAAUCUUCCAGAAAGUUAAUUUUCAUCUAUUUAAUUAAAUCUUAUUUUAUUUGCAUUAGACAUCUACAUUGCUAAUUAGAGGCAUUCAAUUACAGUACUGUACUGUACAUGGUUUGUAUUUAUAAACUCCGUUUGCCUUAAAUUUAGCAGUUUGCAAAAUUACUUGUACAGUGUAUUCAGAACACAAUACAAGAUAUAUAAGCAGCAAUAUUAGGGUCUGUUUAAAAGCUUUAUCAGGGGUUUUAGGUUGUUUAAACUCCUUGUAGAUAUCUUAUUCCUUCCUUCCUGGUGAGGCAUCCAGCGCAGUAAUAUAUUGUGAUCUUUAGGGCAGUGUUAAUUGUUCAGUAAUUCAAAUGACAGUUUAUUUUUCCAAGUAAUACUGCAUAAUCCAUCACAAGCUGCUGUUUGCUUUUAUGAGUGACACGUGUACAUUAGUUCCUAGUUUCUGCAUUCCUAAAAUUUUUGCACCAGGCUAAUAAGAGAAAUCCAUAUGUUUUACAAUCUUAUUUGCUAUCCCUUAUCUUAAAAUUAACUAGAACACUGGUGCUUCUCCAAAACUCACCUUUUAGCAAUAUUAAAUUCAGGAGCAUGUGCAGUCUGCUGUGAUGCAAAUCUCAUUGUGGGUUCAACAAAGAUUGUGUAGGCCAUAAAACGUACUCAUUAAGUAAAUGCAGUAUAUUUUAUAUGUAAAAAGGUGAGAUCAAUUAACAAAUAAUAAUAAAAUGAUCAAUUCCAAACCAGUAUAAUUUUUUACAACUACAAGUGAGUUUGUCAGUUCUCUGGUUCUGAAAUUUUGGAGGAUAUAAGUUGUGGGGGUUAAACCACCUUCUAUUCCACUUACUAUUUAUAUCAUGAUGGCAAGGUAUCUUACUUUCCUCAAGUUGCUUCAUAUUUGUUCAUAUGAAUUAAUAAUAAACUAUUAAUGUGCUAGGUAUUCAAUAAUUAAUUUUGGAGGAAUUUUAUAGGCAGAACAAAUAUGCCUAAUGUUAUGACUGUGUUGUUUUGUAAAGGAAAUCAAGUAUUUAUUACAUA